AUGGCAUCCAAAUCUUUCGAAUGGCGACCAGCAAAGCUGCUCCAGGACUAUAACAUAGGCCAGGACUUUGCGCUGCUCAUUCUAAACCAGCCGUUGAAGAACGGCGUCAAUUUGCGCAAGCUCUGGAAGAACUUGCUAAAGGUCCAUUUCACAGCUUCUGUGAGGGUAGCCGCAGAUGGCGGAGCGAACCGUCUACAUAAGCUGUCGUCGUUCCACGGGAAAUACUCUAACCUUCAACUCAUCAUUGGCGACCUCGAUUCUCUCACCCCACAAGUCCGCGAUUUCUACUCGUCGCAACCCUCCCCUGCGAAAGUCAUCCACGACGCUGAUCAAGAGUCGACCGACUUUGCAAAGGCUAUCAACUGGAUUCGCAAAGAAUACCCCGAGGGUAUUGAUAUUGUCGCACUUGGAGGUAUCGGCGGCCGUGUUGAUCAGGGUCUUUCUCAGCUUCACCACCUGUACCUCUUCCAAAACGACCCCAAUUAUGCGACAGGUCGGCUCUUUCUUCUCUCCGGCUCAAGUUUGACAUUCUUGCUCAAGGCUGGUAGCCAUCAGAUCCAGGUUCGAGAGGAGGGAGAGGAAGAUGUCUUUGGUAAGCACGUUGGUAUCAUCCCUCUUAAGGGAGCCGCCAACAUUACGACAAAGGGCUUCGAAUGGGACGUCGAGAACUGGCAUACAGAGAUUGGCGGCAAGUUGAGCACUAGCAAUCAUAUCCUACCCGAGUCCCAGGUCGUGUCAGUGACGACGGACAAGGAUGUAUUGUUCACAGUAGCACUCAAAGAAGGUGACGGUGAUGACGAGUAGCAUAGUGCUUCAGACAAGAACGUGUUGACUUGGCGUGGUAUGAUACAAGCAAAAGAACAACACAAGACACUCAAAAAACUCCAUGCGCCGCGCUGAUGUCCCUAAGCUUACAUUUCUGUGACAUUCCUCUUCCAGAUCACAAUCCCAUUCGGUUUCUUUUCUAUCGCAAGAAAUGGAGCACCAGCCAACAGAACAAGAAGAAUAUCACCACACCCGCAAAGAAUAUCCAUUUGUCCUCUUUCGCCCGUCGCUCCACCAUGCGGAUCGUGUCGCCACUGACGCCAAGAGUGUUGGCGACGUUGUAGAGUCGCUUUUGGGUGCUCUUGAGCAUCUCACGCUGCUGACCUAGAUCGCCCAGUACAGCCUGUCCGCGCGCAAUGUAGUCGUCCAGUGCUUGGUUUGUGUUUGCGAAAAAGUUCUGCUCCCUGAAUGCAUGUGCCUCGCGCAUCUCGU